CAGAGGGAGAAGUAAACCUCCAGGGCCUACAUAUAACGACACUAUAACGUUUUCAUUUUGAAGAAGUGGACAGAAGCAAUUUUACAGCAGCACAUUUCCAAUACAGCUUUCACUGCAGCAUUCAUAGACCGCAGAACUUCAACGGUUCAUACAUUACUUAACUCGCAGUUAAGAUGUUGACAUGUUCAUGUUGACAUGUUCAUGUUGACCAUCUUUCCCCAGGCCCCAUCUCUUCUGCACUGCAACACGUGCUCCUCCAUAAUUUAUAUGCGCUAUCUCUCGUAGUUCAGUUGUUAUGGUAACCAACAGUUUGCUAGUUGUUGUUAGCAGCUAUUUAACUUUAGCUAACUUAGUGUAGCCGACUGCUACUGCUUUCACAUAAGAGUGGUCUAUCUUGAUGAUUAUAGAUACAUUAGUUUAUGUCAAUAUGGACACGGAUCCUUCAACGCGUUGGAAUGCUCUUUUUGACAGCUUCAAACCCCAUAUUCCGUCCAUUGAUUCGGAUUCUUCAUCAUCUGAAAAUGAAGAAGACAUAUCCAUCUUUCGGCGACCAGUAGCCCUUCUUCCUAAACACACAGAGGGCCUAGAGUGUCUGUCAUUGGAGGACUCUGAAAUAGAGGAGCUUCUAAAAUCUAUGGCACUGCCACAACUGUGUUUGACAGAGGAGACCCUUUGCCCUCAUAGAGAGCCUACAACUGAACCCCAUGGAGUUUAUCAAGCCACUGAUUUAGCUCAGCAGGGCACACUCCAGGAGCUCAGUCCCAUGGGUAAUAAGGUAAAUGAGAUAUGCAGCCAUGACUCUAUUAGAAAUGCAGCUCGGGCAGGAGGCCAUCCAUGCAGCAACGUUCCUGUGGAGAUGAAAGGGGACACCUCAGAGCACCACAGCCAUGGCACACUAAACAGACAAAAAACGACUGAGUCCACAUCGCCACACCCUUCACAUAACACAGCUUGUGAAGAAAACACAGUGGAGUCUUUGAGAAAGACACAGAGAACUGAACCAAAUGGCUCUAUGAAAAAGCCACUACAAAAUAGUCAAACUGUUUUGUCUUUUGAGCCACUGGAGCACUGGGAUCUGGACCUGAUUCUUCUGACUCUUCAAACAGAUAGACUCUAUUUAGGAGUCAGUGUGUCUGACGAACAUAUGGAAAUACAACCAGAUGGAGACAAUGUAAGGUCACAGGAUACUAUAUUGGAGAGGCUGGCUGCUUUCUGUAGGACACAGUCAUGUGGAGAUGCUGAAGAGAAAAGGGAAACUGCACCAGAUAAAACUUCUGGUGUGCCUCAGAAAGCACCUGUCCAACAUCCUACCAAUUUCAGACAAAAUGGUGGAUGGAGAAAGUCUUUCAAAAGGAUGGCAUUUGAGUUGCAGCCAAGCCGCCAGGAAGCGCCCACCGUUUAUAUUGAUUUACGUAACCCUGAGCCUCCCACGAUCACAACCAGACCAUGUAACAUCACUUCAUCACAAUCCAUGAAACUGACCAACCCCAACCUACACGACGAAAACCAAUCUGAUGAGAAAACAGACAGUAAUAUACGGUCUGGUUUACUGAAUGGAAAAGAGGAAGUAACUGGAAAGAGCCUGUUACUCAGAAUGUUACGCGAGGCGAACAGAAACAAGAGAGAGCCGGACAGGAAAGAUCCAGUUCCAGCAGAUUCUACAUGCAGAACCCCCAGAAGAGUGGCCUUGAAGGACAAGCUGCCUGAGGCUAACAAUGAGAUAACAUCUCUGCUUCCAGAGGUGGACAACCAAACCACAUCUCCCACAAUGAAGCUUGACCAAAACAGGCCGCCAGUUGAGAGAACACCUGCUAUUCAGCAGAGUGCUACUACCGGGCAGCCAAAGAAACAAAGUGACCGAGAGCAGAGAGAGCAACAGAAACAGAGAGCACAGCGCCAGCAACAGCUCCAGAAACAGCUGGAAAGCUUUAGACCAACAAGGUCUGCCGGAGACAGGGAGCCUGCCGCUGAGAAGACUGAUGUUCUUUAUGACACUGAGGCUUCUCACCUACAAUCAGUUAAUACUCUGCCUGCUGAUAUGGAGGAUAAGGAGUGCUUGCUGCUGACUGUAUGUCUCUCCAGUCCAGGCCUGGUAGCCAGCAGCAGUCAUCAUUGGAAAGCACCAACAGUGGAGUCAGCCACAACCAAAUCCCAUAUAUACAAUGCUCUGGUUGCUUGGUUUCUGUCUUUGGUUGGAGCACCAGGCCCUCGAGGUGGUGAUGACAGGGCUGCUGUACCUUUCUGGGUGGCUGGCCUACAGCAGCUGUGGACAGAGGAUGGACUGGCUCUACACAUCUGUGCUGUGUCCUACGGAGAGAGCCUACAACUUGUCCGAAAACGCCGGAAACGGGGUGUGGUUAAGGGUCAUAGUGUGUUCCAGCAGCGUGUCUGCAGGUUCCUCUCUCAGACCUCCCUCAGAGCCAUCACCCAUUGGCUGCCGCAGCUCAGGAGCCUAUUGGACCAACAGGCCUAUCCCCCAACCGUCCACAUACCUGCCUCCUGCCUGGACAGCUUUAUCUCUGUCAGCUCAGACAAAAUGGCUGUGAAGAGGACCUUUGGUCUGAACCCAGGCUUCUACUGGCAGACUGUUGAGACUCAGGAACUCAGCUGUCAGAGGCCUGAGACCAUGUGCACUCAGCAGCUACACACAGAGAUAGCUGUUGCUCUGGGAUACACGUCUUUGUUCCUGCAUCCCCUGGUGGUUCACCACACCCUCCAGCUUCUCCACAACUCAGGCCUGGAUGUGUGUGGCCUCCGCCUCCUUUACCCUCCUCCUGACCUUGUGACCAACAGCACCGGCAUGGUAUCCUACGGGCAGGGAGAUGAUGGGGCCGAUCAGCCCGUCCUUGCCCUGGCUGUCCGAGGGCCUCACGCCCGCACCGUGUGGCAGGAUGUAACAGGCCCUUCAGACCCCCUGCUGGCUAGGAAGACAGACCCGGCAUCCAUCAACGCCCUGCACUACAGCAGCAAGAACUUGCCCCUCCUCUACUCCCCUCGCCUGGCCAGCAGUGUGCACAGGGAACUGGUCACGUGGUUCGCAGGGAGAGUUCCAGGAAAUAAUUCCCAGAACCCUGACCAGGCUCCAACUGACAGCUCUGCCCCUGGUGAUGGAGAGGGAAGCAGCCCCUUGUAUUUAACCAGGUCCUCUACCACCCUGUGUGCUACUGUUAAAGUGGACGUGUUCUUGAUAGUGUCUCCAGCGGUGGCACCAUGCUGCUACAGCCAGGUUCUGUCUGUGUGUGAGGGCAGAGGGUUCAGUCUGAGAGGGGUCCAGAGGCUGCAGCUCCCCACCAAACGAACCCAGGCACUGGGACUCACCAGUCAGCAGGUGUCAGUGUUCUGCAGUCCGCCCACUGUUACUGUGGAUGAGAAGAGAGUUGAGCUGUCGUCCCACUGCCUGGUCUUACUUCUGAGGAGAGAGAGUGGCCUGCGUCACUGUGCCAGCCUGCCUGCAGCCCUUGUGAAAGAGUUGGAGAAGCAGAGGUUGUUGGGAUGUAUCCACAUCAGACUGUCAGAUGAAGGAAAGCUGGACCCGAGCAGCUGCUUUCACAUGUUGCCCUACAGAGAGAGCCUGCUCCAUAGCUUUGGUGGGCGAAUGUGGGCCGUACCCAACCCCUGCAAUGUGGUGCUGUCCCAUCACAGGUGUCCAUCCAACCCAGAGCUGGAGCAGGUGGUGGUGCUUACUCUGGCUGGAAGGGACAUCAGUCAGGGCCUGAGCCUGCUACACAAGCUCUGGACAAGGGACACAACAGGCGAUGUCGGGGAGGAUGGAUUCGAGCUGCUGGCCCUGAAGUGGCUGCCCACAUUGUCCCGGCAGCAGGCGCGGGAGGUGAGCCCCUAUGAGGUAGGAGACCGGCUGUGGCAGAGCAGCCUGGUGGGCCUGGCCUCCUCCCCUGCCCUGGUGUGUGCCCUGAGGAGGGUGGACGCCUUCGCCACCCUACGGCGGCUCCUGCCACGGGACUACCCCGGGAACCUGAACAUACUGUUGUCUCCCACUCCUGAACUGGCCUUCAGACAAGCAUCCCUCUUCUUCUCCCUGGGAGACAUGAUCCCUGAUCACAGUGUGCGCCCAUUACUGAAGUUCCUACCCCCACCACGCAUUAAUGGAGCUGGUUCCCAGUGUGAGUCAUUGUUAAACUGCAUGGUGCAGGGCCCCCAGCCACUUGUCACACUGUGUCUGUUCAAGCCUGGAGUGUGGAGCCAUGCUCUGGGGAAAAUCCUCAGCAAAGUCCAGCGGAGUGGCUUCACUGUGGUGGGCCUGCAUGUGCUGGUUCUGGACAAUAGCACAGCUGUGUCACUGGUGUCUACUGCAGAGCAUCAGGACCCCUCUGCUGUAGAAGCCCAUGUCCAGUACUUGAGCUCUGGGCCUUCCCUGGCUCUGUGCCUGCAGAGGGAGAACGCUGUGAAGAGGCUACUGGACGUGCUGGGACCUGAGGACCCUGCCCAGGCCCGCGCUCAGGACCAAUUCCUCUGGAGGGCCUAUUACAGCUCGGACCAGCUACACAGCGGCAUCUAUGGAUCGAGAAGCUAUCAGAGAGCUGUUCAGGAUGUGAAGAGGCUGUUCCCUCAGGGCCUAUGCUGCACAGAGACCAACACCAUGAGACAGGAGCAGAUACCCAGUGUACACUCAGACCAUUUGGCUUGUCUGGCCCGUGAACAGAGCCACACUCUUGCUGCUGCGAACAAGCCAUCUUUAUCACACCUUAUGGCUUCUGGACUGAAUGGAGCAGGGCUCUUGGUCCGCAGUGCUCUCUGCCAAACCACCUGCCUGCUGCUGCCCACCAGUGUACUGGGCCCAGCCCCCAUCCACCUGGACCUGCUUGAGCAACUGCUGAGGACAGGCUGCCACCUGGUGGCCGGGAGGAUGACUGUCCUGGACGAGACCCAGAGAUGUCACAUAGCUGAGACACUGAUGCUACCCUCUGAGAGGGAUGGGAAGAUUUGUGCUCUACUCGAGGGCCCUUGUCUUAUCGUUGUUCUACAGAAAGAUAACGCUGUGACCUGCUUUGACUCCAUGCUUGAAAGUAUUUACAGAGAGAGGUCUAACCUUGCCAAAGUGGGGAAAAUUCUGAUUUAUCCCAGCACUGAAAAAAAAGCAUUGCAGCUGCUGUGCUAUCUAUUUGAUGUCCUGUCUCCUGAUAGUCAUCAUGCCAUUGUACCACAGCAAUCUGAGUGAACCUUAAUGCUAUAGAGCAUUACCAAGAGGGCCAACCUAUUUUCUGGAAUUCUGUACCAAUCUUUGAUUAUAAUCGAUUUGAUACAUUCCAAUACUGUAUAAAGAAAAUAUUUAAUUGGUUGUGGUAAGAAACCUUUUUAUGUAACCCCCUCCCAAAAAGUAAAAACAAUGGUAUUUUCAUGUGAAGAAAAUAAAUACUUAAAAUGCUG